CCCUAACUCGGCAUUGGAACUCAUUCCGAGAUGGAAGACAUCGAGGACAUAGUCGCCGCCGCCGGAGAGCCACCCGGUCUCCGGCUUCCGGUGGUGGCCGGCGUAGGCCUGAAGCCGAGGAGGAAAACCAUGGCCCGUCGGAUCGGGGAUGGCCUAAAUUCCUCCCCUUCUUCCCAAAUCCCUGGCACUCAGAUUAUAUAUAUGAAGACAUUUGGAUGUUCUCAUAACCAGAGUGACAGUGAAUAUAUGGCUGGCCAACUCUCGGCAUUUGGAUACGCAGUGAGUGAUAAUCCUGACGAGGCUGAUCUUUGGCUGAUAAACACAUGCACAGUUAAGUCUCCAAGCCAAUCUGCCAUGGAUACUCUAAUAUCGAAAUGUAAGAAUGUGAACAAGCCUCUGGUGGUGGCAGGAUGUGUGCCUCAAGGAAGCCGAGAUCUAAAAGAGCUUGAAGGUGUUAGUGUAAUUGGUGUGCAACAAAUAGAUCGUGUGGUUGAAGUAGUAGAAGAGACUUUGAAAGGCCAUGAGGUGCGGCUUUUAAGUCGGAAAACUUUACCAGCACUUGACCUACCUAAGGUUAGAAGGAACAAGUUUAUUGAGAUUCUUCCCAUCAAUGUCGGUUGUUUGGGUGCUUGUACUUAUUGCAAGACAAAGCAUGCUCGGGGCCAUCUUGGAAGCUACACCGUGAAUGGUCUCGUGGAACGAGUAAGGACCGUCAUCACUGAAGGAGUCAAAGAAAUAUGGUUGAGCAGUGAAGAUACUGGCGCCUAUGGACGGGAUAUAGGAGCUAAUCUUCCAAUUCUACUGAAAGCCAUCGUCGCAGAGCUGCCAUCAGACAGAAGCACCAUGCUUCGGAUUGGCAUGACGAAUCCUCCUUUCAUACUAGAGCAUUUGGAGGAAAUAGCUGAAGUUUUACGCCACCCAUGUGUGUAUUCAUUUCUGCAUGUGCCAGUGCAGUCUGGAAGUGAUUCUGUCCUUGGUGCUAUGAACCGGGAAUACACUGUGACUGACUUCAGAACUGUAGUUGAUACAUUAAACAGUCUUGUACCAGGAAUGCAGUUUGCAACUGAUAUAAUAUGUGGAUUCCCAGGUGAAACUGAUGAAGAUUUUAAACAAACUGUUGAUCUCAUUAAGGAGUACCAAUUUCCUCAAGUUCAUAUAUCCCAGUUCUACCCUAGACCAGGAACCCCUGCUGCAAGGAUGAAGAAAGUCCCCAGCACAAUAGUGAAAAGACGGAGUCGUGAAUUAACUUCUGUUUUUGAAUCUUUUUCCCCGUAUCAGGGAAUGGAAGGUCAAAUCGAGAGCAUAUGGAUAACUGAAAUUGCGACCGAUGGAAUCCAUCUGGUAGGUCAUACAAAGGGUUAUAUUCAAGUUCUUGUAAUUGCACCAGAUACCAUGCUUGGUACCUCAACAAAGGUAAAGAUCACAUCUGUUGGAAGGUGGUCUGUCUUCGGGGACGUGCUUGAAUUUCCCAAGCAAACCAACAAAGAUAAUUUCUUAGGAAACCCUACUGUGGAAACACCUUCCUACCCGGAUUCGAUGCGACCAGCUGGUAUGUUCAAGAGAAGCAAGCUUGUGCUCAUGCACGACGCAGACCUGUGGUGGACAAAGUAACAGCAAAAAGCAUGAGGAAGUUCCUACUCAUGUCAUCGUGGGUACCUCCAUUGCCCGGAAAUGGAAGUCCAGAACAUUAGUAAGCUCAUUCCAGUCUAUAUUUCAUAGGAAAAGAAGAUCACAGGUAUCCGAGAAGUCGAGUGGUGCCCAAGCAAUGCAAACUGUAGAAAAGCAGGAAGACGACAUAGACACAGGUAAAUUCACAACAUUCGAUUGGAUUUUGUUGGCCGGAAUUGCUGCAAGCUCUCUGACUAUCAUAACACUACUGGUUUUGCUUUCUUCGAACACGGUUACUAUCUGAUAAAUGAGUGUUGACUCUACCAUUUUUUGUUUUCUUGCAUUGAUCCAGUGUUUAUUGUAUGAAAAUUUGUCAUCCAUUUUUCAAUUGAAGCUGGUUUCUACUGAGAAUUUUUACUGUAAAACAGGCUGGAUUGAUAUGAGUGAAUGAUUAUUGUAUGAU